AUCACGCGGAGAUGUUUCGGCGCUUAGGUUGUAAAAUACGUACUUUAGAACGUUUACAAAUAGUCUUGAGUCUCGCACUUCGAAAGAAAGGAAGACACCAUGGCCCUUGAGACUAUUAGAAAAUUAUUAUUGAAAUUGAAUACUCCAAGCCCUUGUCACAUCUAGACUGUCAGGAGUUAUUCUGUAUAUAGCUUUGGCUUCAAAGCAACUGUAGUUAGAGUUCCUUGCGGAACAACGAAGUUGUUUUACCUACUACAUGCUCUGCGACGUGACAUAGACAACGUUUGCCAGAGUUCAAUCUCAAUUAGAUAGUAUUAGCUAUAUAUAAGAGAUCUACCUCCCUGUAUCCGUAGUGAGAACAUCGUCAUUAUUACCAUUAUCAUAUCCGAUAGUUACCCAUCUAUACGCUGCCAUUGAACAAGCUCGACUAUCACUAACCUCCGAUCAUGGCACCAAUAUCUCCCCAUGCCCCGUUUACUUGGGGAUUGAAUGGCAAUUUGGUUCGCACGCCUGAUUCGCUCGUGUGGGGAGCCACCAGAGCCAUAGACUUAGUUUCCGGUGUACGGUUCUCGUGGGAUAACUCCCAGAACAAAGCCUUCAUAGAUUUUCUCAGGGCGUUCGGCCCUAAUUACAAGAGUACCAAUUUUGAGCUGCUGCUUUUCCGUCUUGACCUCGACGGAUAUGAAGACAUACGCAAUAAAAACGGGGAGAGCGUCCACCGCUUGAUUAUGGAAAAGGUGCUGAGGAAGCUGAAGAGCACCGCCGAUAAAAUGGCACAGAAUGGAUUGAUCGAAUCCUAUAAAACGUUAGUGAAUGAUGCUAACCUUACCAGGUCAAACCCGAUGAAUUAUAAUAAAAGCAAGAUAUUCGACUUUAGACAGAAUGCAAUUUUGUCAGGCCGCGAAGGAGAGGCCAAAAGUAGUAUUUCGUCCUUUAGCAGUCCAAAAUUGCAGACCUCUAUCAGAUCUACACCGUCAAACCAUUCUCCCUUCCUGAGUAUGUCUGAUCCCAACGUUCCGAAAGGUCCCGAGGCCGCAUCAGUCAGCAGUUCACCAUCGGUAUCUUCAAUAACGACGCAGUUCAAGUCGUCUGAGGGUUCGCCAACAGAGGCACAACAUUCAUAUUCGCAAGAACAGAGCAGCAGUGCGAGAGAUCAGGAGAAUGAAGAUCCUUUCGAAACUGCGGGACUGUCUCUCGUGAUACUUAUUAGAAGAUUAGCCAAAUUUCGAUACGCGCUCGAUGACGCCGAAUCGGUGUUCCUGAAGCUCCCAAUGAGCAAGGAGAGAGAAAGAUGGGUUAAGGGGCUGUUCGCACGGAUGGGGGACACGCAUUCUAGUAUCCAGUACGAUACGACUGAUCUUCAGGAAUAUAUUACGGAGGAGUAGUUGAAACUUCAAGAUAAGGGCCUCAUAGGGUGGUAUGGGUAUUUGAGUCGCUUAUAUCAGCCCUAUUACUCUUUACGGGGUGCGUGUCUUGGCAUGGUUAUGAGGUAGCCUGCAUUGUUAGGUUGCAAGUACGAGAUGAACUUCUAGGAACCGAUAUCUGGAGCAACUC